ACGGGUCAGAGAGAGGAGGUGAAGGAAGUGGUUUUCUGCUCAUGUCCAGCACCACCUUCUUGUUGGGGAACGCAGAUCUUUUUAACUGCAGAGUUUGUUGUUCUUGUUGCUGGAGCUCAUACAGAUGUUUUAAAUGCACCGCUGUUUGAUAAAUGAGAAGACCAUGGCAGCCCAGACCAAGAGCCCCCCCACCCCGUCCUGUAAAGACCACAGCAGGACCCGGCUUCUGGUGGCCCUGGAUCUUUUCUGCUUCUUCUUAGCCGGCCUGCCUUUCCUGGUCAUUGAGACGUGUGCGGUUCAGCCGUACCGUCGAGGGUUUUACUGCGAUGAUGAAUCCAUCAAGUACCCGGCCAAAAGCAAAGACACCAUUAGUGAUGGUGUGCUCAGUGCUGCAGGCAUUCUGAUCACCAUCCUGUCUAUCAUAAUCGGAGAGACCUACAGGAUCUAUUUUCUGAAUGAGGGGUCCAGCUCCUUCGUAGGGAACCCCUACAUCGCUGCGCUCUACAAGCAGGUCGGUGUGUUCGUUUUUGGCUGUGCCAUCAGUCAGUCCUUCACGGACAUUGCUAAGGUGUCAGUGGGACGAAUGCGUCCUCACUUCCUGGACGUGUGCAAGCCUGACUUCUCCACUAUCAACUGCUCCCUGGGUUACAUCACUGAGUACCAGUGCCAGGGAUCAGAGAGCAAAGUCCAAGAGGCCAGGAAAUCGUUCUUCUCUGGACAUGCAUCGUUCUCCAUGUACACCAUGCUGUACCUCGUGUUCUACCUGCAGUCUCGCUUCACCUGGCAUGGAGCCCGCCUGCUGCGCCCGUUGACCCAGUUCACCCUCAUCAUGAUGUCCUUCUACACUGGCCUGUCCCGAGUGUCUGACCACAAGCACCACCCCACGGACGUCCUGGCCGGGUUCAUCCAGGGGGCCCUGGUGGCCUACUGCAUCGUGUUCUUUGUGUCAGACUUGUUCAAAGCCAAAGGCAGACGCAGUCAUCUGUGUCCAUCAGCGGUGAGGAAAGAUCUCCUUCCUGUAGCAGACAUCAGAGAGCGGGGCAGUCAUGUCAUCAUGGCCUGAAGAUGUCCUGCGCUGAGAUCUGGACCUGGUCCUGUCUACAGACACAAGUCCUUACUGGAGGAAAUAACCCUGAAACCUGCAGAAGAACCCAGAAUA